AACAUAAACACUGUAUCAUCUGUAUUGUAUUUGCGCAAAACGCGAUGCUGUGAAGUCAUCCAGUUGGCCUUGGCUCAUCAAAUUUGUUCUUCAAGCCAAAAUCAAUCGCAUCACUGUCGCUAGCAUUGGAACUUAGGAUGCCGUCUGUCCGGUAUCCGACGGAAUUGGCGAAAAAACGUAGUGAGUAGAAAAAAAUGAACGGGACCUUCCACAGCAAAUUUGGCUCCCUGGUCGGAGUGCUGUACGUGGGCCAUUCCAACUGCAGGUUUCUGGUUUAUGCAGCGAAAAACGCCGAAGUGCUCACUUGCCAUGAGGAGCGCUUGGAGGUCAACUCUCCGCACUCCGGUUGGGUCGAGUUCGAUCCUAUGCAGAUAUGGCAAGCAGCCAGAGAAAGCUUGGAGCGAGCGGUACAGAAUCUUGUGCUGCUGGAUAUCGAUCCACGAGAUAUUCUGGCGAUUGGGAUUUGCAAUCAGCGCGAAACGAGCGUACUGUGGGACAAAGGAACUGGACUGCCGUUAUGUAACGCCAUAGGUUGGUGCGACACUAGGACUUCUGGUCUGGUGAAAGAACUGCUGGUGAGGGUGAGAGGUAAAAUAAAUUUCCUCAAGGAGGUUUGCGGAUUGCCGUUCGCCAAUUGCUUCAGCGCUGUGAAAAUUCGCUGGAUGUUGGACCACUUGGGGGAAGAGGUGGUUUCAGGGAAAGAGCUCUCGUUUGGCACUCUGGAUAGUUGGAUUAUGUGGAAUCUGACGGGCGGUAUCAAUGGAGGAAUCCACAUGACUGAUGUAACGAACGCGUCGAGGACAAUGUUAAUGAAUCUUAGGACUCAACAGUGGGAUUCUAGAUUGUGCCAUUUCUUUAAAAUUCCUCAGAAUAUUUUACCACAAAUCAGAAGCUGCUCUGAGGUGUAUGGAUAUGUAAUUGAAGGACCUCUCAGCGGAAUCCCAAUAGCUGGUUGUAUAGGUGACCAACAAGCUGCUCUUCUCGGUCAAAUAUGUCUUUCUGCCGGUCAACUGUCAUGUAAUUUAGAUGAGGGAUGUUUCGUUUUAUUCAACACUGCUCAGGAGAUAAUCGAUUCUGAUAAUGGUCUUCUUUCCACAAUUGCCUUCAAACUAGGGCCCAAGGCGGAAACUUUCUAUGCACUUGAAGGUGCUAUUCCCCACGCGGGAAGCUCAAUUGGUUGGAUGCAUGAAAAUCUACAGCUACCGAACGACUCGAAUCACAAUGGCUCUCUUACGCAAAGUUUCCGUGAGGAGCCGACCUUAUUUUCGUCGGUUUGUUCUAUGAACUCUUCCUUCGGAGGGUACCCGAGCGAAGCAAGAAAUUUCAAUCCAAAUUACGAAGUGAUCCUUGUGCCCGCCUUCAGUGGUUAUUAUACGCCAUAUUGGCGGUAUAAAGUACGAGGAGUUCUGUUUGGCCUCACCUUACAAACUUCUGCCCGGCAGAUUCUGUUUGCCGCAUAUGAAGCUGUUUGUUUCCAGGUGCGCGAAGUGUUGGAUUCCUUAGCGAAAGACUGCAAAACUUGGCCAGCUGUGACAAAGUUUGUUGCCGGUGGAGAUCUCAGCGAGAAGCCAUUCCUGAUGCAAAUGCUAGCCGACCUAAGUGGCGUGAGUAUCGAACGGCCCCAAAGUUCGACUCCGGCUUGUCUCGGGACGAUGCUAGCUGCUGGACUGGCGGCCGAUGUGCUUACACUGGAUGAGUUCCGGUCCAGUUGCAUUCCACCUAUAGACUACUAUUCCUCAACACACUAUUCUAGUCAACGAGAUAUGAAAUUCCGCAAAUGGAAGAUAGCCGUCGAUCGAUGUCUGAAUUUCGAAUCAGUUUCCGAGACGGAUCUUUCCAAGUUUCGACAGGAAGAGAUAGAUCCGGAAUAUUCGGUUCUCUGUUCUAUUCCAGGAGGAGUCUAUGUGAUCUCGUCUUUUGUCAUCAUUAUUUUAGCUCAAUUUCUGCAGCAGAAUCGGAGCGCUUAGAGGUGCUUCUGUUUAGUUUACGGGGAAAUUAUAGUCGUUAAAUUGCGGUAGAGUUUCCUAUAGUUAAUUGUAAGCAAUUAUCGGUAGAGGAUAUUUCUCAUUUACUCCUCUAGUCGCGUGCAAUUGCUUCCUUUUAUCUGAUUGUUGUGAAUGAACAAUAAAAAGAAUUUUGUUUUUGAAAGUACCAUCGCUUUGGAAGCUUCUUUGAAAUAAAUGUUAAUUGUUAACA